GGGUUAACUCCUGGCACCCAGCGUUCAUCCAAUCAGAUUAACUCUGGCGGCUGCAUCCGGAACCACUUGAAUGAACCAGAGCAUCAUUCACUGCAAGACGUUUUUCUGAUAGUGAGCAGUUCAGCAUGGGACGCAGAAAGUCGAAGAGGAAGCCGCCACCCAAGAAGAAGCUGACUGGGAACCUGGACACCCAGUUCACCUGCCCCUUCUGUAACCACGAGAAGUCCUGCGAUGUCAAAAUGGAACGGACUCGAAAUACGGGAAUCAUAUCAUGCACAGUCUGCUUGGAGGAGUUCCAGACCCCUAUUACUUACCUUUCGGAAGCAGUGGACGUGUACAGCGAUUGGAUCGAUGCUUGUGAAGCAGCCAAUCAGUAGCAGUGGUUUCCAGUGACACACUUACCCUUGCAAACAUUCCACUUGACUCAUUUGUCGACCCAGCAACCAUGGUUCCUUUUAUAUCACUUGUUUAGUUGUAUCUUUUUUAGCUUUGAGAAGCUCCAAACAUUUAUCUGGCAGGGUGAGUGGUCGGGCUAACCGUCUAAAGGGAUCAUGUUAUGUUUAUAUCACACAAUGUGGACCUUGCAACAUCCUUACCUUUGUAUCCUGUCCAUUUGGGUCAAGUCAUAUGUAGUUUUUCCUUAUCGAUCCAGGCAGGGGUGAAACAAUUGUGUUCAUUCCUCAGUGAGUAGGAGGUAUUUGGGUUUCAUGUUGUACGAGGUAUACAAAUGCUAACACUCUCCGAACUACUUUGAUGUCAUUUGUUUUAUCCCUAUGGCCCAUUCCGUUAUAUCUUUAGCAUAGAUUAGUGCUUCAUAUUUUUACUCCAUCAAGUGUUAUUCUGAAUUUUAUUUUGUACUUUUAUGUUGUGUUAAUUUUGCCUGUAUGGAAGAUUACAAUCAUGCCAUUUGUAUGAGAAACGUAACUCUGAGAAUAAAAUUUGGAGGCUAAACUUUGAAGUCUGUUUUAGUUUGGGUAAUUAUCCAUAAGAUAACAUUUCUUAAUUUGAUUAAAACCUACAUGUUUACUUUAUGGGAAAUCUCCCUUUGCUGGCUGCCCGUAGCAGUCUUCAUCGUGUGUACAUUGUAGAUAUAGGUGUUCACGGUGGUCUCUAGGUCUGCACCCACCCACAUCGCAUCAUGGAAAACAUUCCCAGUCAGACUCUUCUCAUGAGUGGAAACAUCCAGAUACCGACUACAUUAUCCCUCCCCUUCUUCAGGAGUCUUCUGUGUACCCUCGUCUUCCUCGGUUUGCUCAUAUCUUCUCUUGAAUUAAUCUUUUAUACAAGUUUUAAAUGUGGAUUAUACUGCCAAAUCAACGAUCAGUGAUGCAAUGCAACAAUAUUAUCUGCCAUCUUAAACCGUGCAAGAAAGAUCAUAACGUGUUUAAAGAUUUAGGAGAACCCAGUGUACCCAAGAUUUGAUCAUUUGGAUGAGUUAAUGCUCUCCAGAGUGUGCACAUUGGAGUGCAAUUUUAUGAUCAAACCGCAUGGUGGCAGUAAGUGAACGUUUUAUAAAUUAAAACUGCAGCGAAGGUAUUUAUUUUGUAGCGGCAGCCUGUAAGACAUUUACUCACAUUUGCUUACGUUUAUUCAGAUGUGCUUUUAAUUAUCAAUAUGCAUCUGAAGCGUCCAUCGAUUGGUAGAAUCAUGUUACCAUACAUGCUGGGUACUUUUCCUUAUGAUGUCAUCAUAUUGGCUUAAUUUAAGUUCUUAUCGAUACCUAAAAACUGCUUAGAAUUAAUGCGUUUGGAAUUAGUUGAACAAAACAAAAUCGGAUGAUUUGCAAUAAUCACAAAUUCACAAUUACAUAUUUUCAAGCUCAUUUAUUUAAUCAGUCUUUCACCUGUUGUAAAGUUAAUCGGUUUUACCCGUUGUUCAAUUCAUCAGACUCCUCAAGUCUCCUUAAUAACACAUUCUGUUUCCUGUAAUCUGUAUUAAACUUCAAAAUAAUGUUUCAAUG